AUGCUGAUUUUUAUUUCCCUGAUUAAUCUCGCAUUUUCAACUUGAGAAUAUCACCAAAUUAAAGGCUCUGACACCGUAAUCCCUAUUUAGACUUUCAAUUUCUGUCAAUAUUACAAUUCCCCUUGUUCUACUCCUGACUCCUUUCCAUUCCCCCGACAUUCUUCAACCUCAGUCUUAUACACAUCCUGGACGAUUGACGAUAUCAAUAAUUUAUGUCCAGGAACUGAAUGUGGGCCUUUAUGCGAUUAUAGUAAACCUUCCUGCUACGUUGAUUUUCGUAAUCCAAAAGACUCUAGUGAUACAACUAAAGGUGGAAGAGGAGACCUACCGACUCCGUCAGGCACCACAACAGCUAUUGGGAAUGUCUCAGUUUCAUGGUGUCCUACCUCUUGUUGCAAUACAGAAAACUGUUUAAGGACACAUGAUGUGGUAGGAUACCCUGUAAAUGCUAGCGAAGAGUAUAAGAAUUUACAAUAAAUAGCCUAUUUAUAAAACAAAUAAUUAAAACUUAUAAAUAUUAUGGGAAAAUGUAUAUAUUUUGGUAUUUGGAGGAGUUUCUUUAAGAAAUGUGACAGUAGAUGGACAACUUUUAUAUGACACUUGUAGCGCGGAUCUUGAAGAAGCGCUUGCUAAAGGAUAUACAGUAAAUUUCGCAAACCCUUGUGGAGGGCAGCUUUUGAACGAAAUUUGAAGAUACAAUAUCAAGAGAAAUACCUGAGAAUAUCUAAAGCCGACCAUAAAUUUACUUAAAGCCAGCACUUAUCUGUCUCCAUAUCCUAGAUUUGGCCACUCUUCUGUCUAUAUCGAACUUUUAAAAAAUGACACAUUAACCAAUACCAAAGUAACUAGAAAAUACAUGUACAUAUAUGGCGGAUUUGCAUUAGAAUGCAUGGACGCCUGCAGUGACUUAUGAAGAUACGAAAUCCCUUGAGCUGCCCAACGGUACUACCCUGAGCCUUCUUCCAGCUCAGACUACUGAAACAGAGGCGACUCUUGAGAAAACUUAACUACCAUAGUAAACCCAGGUGGCCGAACCAAGCACAAUAUGGUCGCUUCUCCUGACAAUGACUAUAUAUACUUAUUCGGCGGCUACGGAAAUGAAACUUUUUAUAAUGACUUAUGAAGAUGAGACAUUCAAGACGGUUCAUGAGGGACAAUGCAGACAUUUGGGAUCAAUAAAAUCACACGGAGCAUUACUUUGAGAGACGGGACAAGCUACCAGCUACUUAUGAGUGAAGACGAAAGGAAAACGACUGAUUAUUUAGAAUACUCCUCUAAUUCUAAUAUCCCACAGGCUAGGUCUUCUGCCUGCAUGAUCUAUUUUAGGUCACAUGAAGACUAUUUAUUGCUUUUUGGAGGCUGAGGACUCAGAACUCAGCCAUAUGGGACUAUGACUAUUGGGGUAGCUCUUGACGAUUUUUGGAAUUAUAGCAUAAAAAACAAAAAAUGGACCCGAAUUUAUUCUAAUGACACUGGGCCUUCCCCAAGAAUAGAAGCUAGCAUGAUCCAGCUGGAUUCUUCAAGAGUGCUUCUAUAUGGAGGCAGAAAGCAAGACACCACUUUUAAUGAUGUCUGGGUGUAUAAUUUAGAUACAAACCAUUGGUUUAAUUGGACAGAUCUGCUAUUAGACCAAUCUGAUUACUACCCAAAAGGCAGCUACCGAGGUAACCUUGUAUUGACUUCUAAAGGAGUUUUCGCAUAUGGUGGGAAUUAUAUAAAUGCUACUAACAUGAACAAAAUGGACACCGCAAAUGCAGCAUAUAAAAAUUACCUUGCAGAAUGCAGUGAUACCCUUAGUGAAUAUAAUAUCACAAUUACAAACCUUACUAAUACUAAAUUUGCAGAGAAAUUGUAUAAUCAAACUAAUAAUACCUGUUUUUCUGACAUAUCUUUUGCCCCAAGUUAUGUAAAAAAUGUGGAGUUUAUACAAGGGGUAUGGUUUUUAAACCUGACAACAUGUAUGAAUGACUGUAGUGGGAAUGGGACUUGUUAUUAUUCUACAUGUAUUUGUGAUAUUGGGUAUUAUGGAGAAUAUUGCCAAUAUAAGUCAUGUCCUGGGUCUUUGUGCUAUUAUGAUAAUGAAUUUUUUACGAUUUCGGAGUGCUUGCAUUGCUCUGGGAAUGGAAAUUGUAUAGAUGGGGCUUGUGUUUGUAAUAGUGGGUAUUUAGGAGAUGAUUGCUCUAUUACAGACUGCAAAACGGCAUGCUCAAGCGGAGGCAGCUGUGUUGAAAUGUACCCGAUUUCUCAAUGUGAUUGCAAUGGAAAAAACGGGGAUGACCAAUGCAGCGUAACUUUUUGUUUGAAUACCUGCAAUGAGCCGAAUGGAGCUUGUAAUUUGACACUAGGGGAAUGUACCUGUAGCUCUGGAUUUUAUGGGCUAGACUGCUCUGUCCAGGCUAUUCAAAGCUGGGGGAUUGACUUGACGAUUAGCUUCAUAACUUUAACAAUAUUUUGAUAA